UACUCGCUUCGCGUCCAGUUUUCCGGUAGUCUGCGUCGUCCGUCCGCUGACACCCGCCGGGAACGCGUACAACGAUACAUCUAAAAUAUAAUAUUGAAAUCGUAAAAACGGAUCGUACGAGUGGUGCCGAUAUCGAUAAAUCAACAGAUUCUUUUAUUUUUUAUUUCAUUCCGCUCUUCGCCGCAGUUUAAUCCACUGUACUCACGCACAAUGUUUGCCGAAAAAUUCGUCGUUGUGUUCGCACUUGUGGCUGUCGCCGUGGUCGUGUUGACGGCCGGUUCGCCAAUGCCGUCGUCCGUGCCUCAGCAGCCGCCUCCACCGCCGCGAGACCAGCAGGACGGCAACAACGACGUGAAUCUGCAGCCGCAACACCACGAUCUCCAUCUGCAGCAGCAACACCAAUACGCCAAACCGUCGUACAUGGUACGCGAAGAUGAACUGGUGCGGAAGUUGAAUGUCAAGUGCGGUGCCCGAGACGUGUCUAGCUGCGUCAUGCUGAAGCUGGUCACGUACAUGAACAAGUUGAUGAAGAAGAACAACCUGGAGAUUGGAGACAUGAUGGAGAUCGCAAAGAAAGAUGGGUCAGCUGAAGAUAUGGCCUCCACUGGUGAGUCAUCGGUUCGCGUAGACGGCUCGGCUAGAUCGUACACCGAUGAGUCGGCGUUCGGCGAAGUGAUGGCCGACAAGCUGUGGAGGUACGUCCAGUCCCGAGCACUCAAGAUCAAGGUGCUGCCCGAGGCUGACUUCGUUGUGUCCGCGUCUCCAGAACAAGACGGGUCCCUCAACUUUGGUAUGUCGUUCAGAUCCGGCAAAGACUUGAGUGAAUCCGGAAGGGGUAAAAACAAAAACAUGGGACCCAUGAUGGCCGCCAUGAUGAUGAAAAUGGGCAUGCUUAAGGUCAUGGCGUUUAAAGUACUCGCCUUGCUCGUGGGUAAAGCUUUAUUGGUCAGCAAGCUCGCUUUCCUGUUAGCCACUGUCAUCGGUCUGAAAAAAUUGUUCAGCCAACAGAAACACGUUACGUAUGAGGUGGUAGCCCACCCGCAUCACGAGUCUCAUGGCAGUGACUCUUACAGCUCUGCGGGAUGGGGUCGUUCGUCGUCGGAGGCAGCACACAAUAUGGCUUACUCCGGACAAGGCCAGUAGAUACUACUUCGUCAGUAUUAGAUAUAGGUAACUACAUAUACAUCAAAUGAUGAACUCAAGUCCUGUACUCUACUGUAGAAUGCCUAUCCAAACGUUUAGUCAGCACCUGGUCGUUAGCACAUCCGGCGUCCAGUGUAGUCUCUGAACGUCUAUUAAUUAAUUUAUUUAAACUAAAACAAGAAAAUCACGUUAUUUAUUAUUUAUAUUUUAUUUAUUGCGUUAAAUUUAAGUUUGUUUGAUAUCUAAUAUUAUAUAUUGAAUAUUUUUUAUAUAUUUAUAUUACCCACCUAUUUAUUACAUGUCAUGUCAUCCAUAUAAUAUAUCUUACAAACUAUAUAAGUAUUUAUUUGAUGUAAAAUAUCCAACGUUAAUCGUGUGCAGUAGUGUAGACGAUUAAAGUUAUUUGAUAUUUAGAUAAAGAAUUAAAUUAGAUAUUUCAUUGUUUUGUUAAUUUAGCUAAUAAUAUCUUAUUUUUAUUAAAAUCUACUCCCGUCUUUAUACAAAGUCAAUGGCUCGUGAACUACACAAUUUAUUAUUAAUGUGUAUGUUUAAUACUAUUUGUAACUAUAAUUAUUAAUAUUAUUUCAUUUUAACACAACGUUAUUGAAUCAAAUAAUUUACCGUAGUCUGUAGUGUGAGUUAUGUAUAGAUUUUUAGAAAUACAACGGAACACAAGGCACGUACCAUAUUUACAAGCAAUUUUUAAAUGUAAUGAUUCAUAACAUAAAUCGUUACCUGCCGAGGUAUGUCUAACGUAUAUACAAAUGGAAUAUAAAAACCAUGUAUACAAUUUUGUAAUAAAAUAAACACAAUUUGACAAAAAUGACA